AUGAAAGAGAGCUGUGAACCUUUGAGGAUUGUGCUGCAGGGGAGGACUGGAGUGGGGAAAAGUGCUGCAGGAAACAUCAUCCUGGGGAGAGAAGUGUUUCCAUCAUAUCUCACCGCCUCCCCUUUGACAACGGUGUGUCAGAAGGGAAGAGCAGCAGUGAAUGGGAGAAAUGUGUGUGUUGUUGAUACUCCAGACCUGUUCAACACAGAUUACAGUGAUGACGUGAUCAUAGAAGAGAUUCCAAAGUACAUAUCUCUGUCCUCUCCGGGUCCCCAUGUGUUCCUGGUUGUGAUCCAGCUGGGUAGAUUCACACAACAGGAGCAGGAUACAGUUAAGGUGAUUAAGAAAGUUUUUGGUGAUGAAUCAGCCAAGUACACAAUGGUGCUGUUCACUCAUGGAGAUAAACUGAAGGGGAAACCCAUUGAAGAAUUUCUGAGUCGGAAUAAAGAACUUAAAGAGUUCAUCACUCAGUGUCGUGGGAAAUAUCACGUGUUUAACAACGAGGACCCAGAGAAUCGAUCUCAGGUCACAGAGCUGCUGCAGAAGAUUGAUGAGAUUGUUGAGGCGAAUGGAAAAGGGUAUUACACCACUGAGAUGUACCAACUGACUGAAGUAGAAAUGAAAGAAAAGCUGCCAAUAAUUUUAAAAGACAUACAAGAGAACAGGAAGAGAGGAGAGGAGAAAUGGAUUAAACAUGAAAAGUUGCUGGAGAAAGCUUUUCAAGAGCUUAGAAAAAGGCAGGAGGAAAGAUAUUCACCAAAACUAAAGUUAUUUAGACAAACUAUAUGGAAAUGUGCCAUACUAGGAGGUAGUAUAGGAGCUCCGUCCUAA